AUGGAGGAGGUUGGCGGGGCCAACCACCCAUGGUCAGUGCUGUGCUUGUCACGGGAGGAGUUUGUUUCCCGCAUCGCGGAGGCUCGGUCUUCUCCUGAUCACUCCAUGUUGGAAAGGAUAAUUACGGCGCUGAAGCAGCAAGACGAUGACAUGACUCCUGCGACAUGCGUUGAGCUCAUUGGAUGGCUGCUUGCUGGAGAGGAGCCGAGUCCAUGGUUGUCCUCGCUGAAGGAGACAGGCUUCUCGUCAAAGUGUGGGCAUGUGUUCGAGAGCGAGGAGUGGAUCUACAAGUGCCUGCAAUGCUGCGCCGACCCCACCUGCUGCUUCUGCUCCAAAUGUUUCGAGAACAGCCCCUGCCGGAAGCUUGGGCAUCGCACGCAGCUCGCCCGCUCUCCAGGAGGAGGGUGUUGCGACUGCGGAGACCCCGAGGCAUGGAACCCCUCGAGUUUCUGUAGUAUCCAUCAAGCGAAGAGCGAAGAGACGUGCAAGGAAGAUCGUGUGCCCCAGCAGUUGCUGAGAUUCGCUCCUCUCCUCUUCAACCAUGUGCUGGAGUACUGCUGCGAUGGUCUACUUUGCAACGAAGAUGCUGAAUACGAUGGCGACGGUUUUCUUGCUGUCUUGCACAACGAUGACAUUCACGACAUGGACACAGUGAGGAACAGCAUCGUCCGUGCGAUAGAUUGCGAUCGACAAAUCGCCCACAACAUCAUGAUGAGUGCCCACCAACACGGGAGUGCCAUCGUGAAGCAGGGAAGCAAGCAGCAUUGCAACAAGAUUGUCUCUUCUCUGCGCAAGGCAGGGUUGAUUGUGACCUUGACACAUCGGCUCUGGCAAAGAUUUGAGCUCCGAGCGACUGCGAUUCUCCAGUACCUCGCUGACAUCUGCUCAUGCUCCAACUCCCUCCGAUCGGUGCUGUGCGAGACUCUAAUUCUGCGGGAUACGAACGAAAACUUGCAUGGGGUUUCGUGGAAGCACAAGCCGCUCCAGGUGUUCAUGGAGAACGAGGAGUCGUUUUGGGCAGGAGCUAGCCCGGUCCUGCACAAUCUCUACGUGCAGCUGAUAGCUGACGAGAAGUUCAAGAACUUCUUCGCAGACGCUUUCAUCAAGCUCUAUCCUUCUCUGAUAGACUCAAAGAAGGAGAGCAGCGUUAUCGGCAACAUCACGCUGCUCGACGUGUCCGUCCAGGUGUUCACCGUCCCCUCAGUGGUGCAGCGGCUUGUCAGGGAGAGGAGGCUGAUGUCGAUUCUCCUCUCCUCCCUCUGGUCCAGCCUGGCCGACGAGAUCAUCGACGUCAACCACUACGACCGCGACGCCAAGGAGCUUCCCAACGGCUAUCGCCGCGUGCUGAGCGACCUCGUGUACGUCCUUCGCAUCCCUCAGAUCUCCCUGUCCCUGAUCCAGGACGAGGGUGCGUCCGACGCCAACACCAUCGAGAGCUUCUUCAGGUUCCUUGAGAGCAUGCAGGAGAUGGACAAGCAUCCCCUGCAGAAGGUCGAGCACGUGCGGGACGACCGGAACUGGUCGGAGAGCUUCAGCCUGGCCACUGAGAUCUGCCAGCUCCAGGGCCUCAUCGUCCAAGGCUACCGGCAGUCCCUUGCCGGUAUCUCAGUCCCUGCAGGAUCCGACGGGCAGGAGCUUUCAGCCUUCCUGUCCUCUGCUCCCUUCACUGUGAUGAAGAGACUCUACUCCACCCUCCUAGACUGGGCCAUGCUGAGGAUGAGUCAGAAUGCGGUCAAGGUAGGCAGGACGAGGCCGGCCGACGGCUCUCACGGGUAUCCUUACGUGGAUUACGAGAUCAACAAGCACAGUGUGAGCCUGCACUGCCCGCUGCAUCGCAUGUUCUCCUCCCUGUGGGCGGAAGUGAUGCAGUGGAGCAAGGGGAGGAUCGACAUGGGGAGGCUGCACCAGCAGCUGGUGGCAGAGGUGUGGAAGGAGUCGACCUUGUCCGACGCGUCGAGCUACUGCGAAGGAGUGAGCAACGUGGAGCUGUUCAACCUGAUGCUCCUGGAGCUGCCGCUGCGCGUUUUCAUCCUCUCUGGACAGUCAAUGGCUGGGGUCUGGCUAAGGAACGGGAUGUUCAUCAGGGGCCAGCUGCAGCUCUGGUGCAGCUCGAGGUUUGGGGAUGAUUUCCUGAGGCUGGAUCUGUACAAUCUGCAGUUUACCGCAACGAUGCUCUCUCCUGCAAACUUCUUGUCCAUCUUUGCGGAGAGGUUCAUGUUCAAGUAUUGGAUGUCCCCCCUCAGCCACCGUGUCGGGCUGGACGACGAGCAGUAUGUGCACGUCCUGGCUGAGAUGUUGUACACCCUCAUCAUGGUCCUCUGCGACAGAGGGUUUUCUGGCAACUUCGAUGAAAGAGGAGAAGUUCGUCGGUUGCUGAUCCAUAGGCUGGCGGUAGAAGCAACAACUCAUAGCAACAUCAAGAAGAAUCUCCCGACGAGCAUCUCGAGCUCUGACCAUUUCGACUCUGUGCUACAAGAGAUUGCCACGUUCAGACCUGCCAACUCGACCAACCCCGGCACUUACUGUCUGAAGUCGAACCUAUGGGAGGAAGUCGAUCCGUUCUGUUGGUUGUAUUCUCGCAAAGAGCACGAGCACGUUCUGGAGACUAUGGAGUCCAAGUUUGGACUUGACAGCCAGCAGCAGAAAGAGAAGGAGAAUGCUUCGCAUCUUUUCACUAAAUUCCCUCCUCUUCCACAGGCUCUGAAGGAGUUAGAGCAUUUGUUGUUCUCCGAAGAUCUCUGGUUCAUGGUUUCCAAGAUUGUCAACUGUGCUCUGCUGCACAUGAACGACGAGGGUGCCGAGUCUCAUGCGUUUGUCAACGACUCGGUCCUUCACAGAACUCUCUAUAUCUGCAAGCUCGCGGUCAACCACGUGGUGGAGGAGGCCAAGAGGUCAGAAGGCAGUGGAAGAGAAGAGUGGGGAAAGCUGGAGCGAUUGUUUACGAACGACUACCAGAGCAAGAGCGUACUCGUGUGCCUCUCCCGAUUGCUCACAGGCAUGCAAUCUCAAGCAUCCGACUCGAUGACUCUCCGCUUCCAACCUAAAAGGCACGAGGCUGACAUUCGGCACAUUCUCCAAAGGCUCUUCGCCAACAGUCAGACCUGCGUCGCCCAUGCCAGCGACGCUCAAGCUCUUCCUCGCGAAUUCCGUCAGGCAGCAGCAGCUGCCGACCAGCCGACCAGCGAAUCAGCGCCUGUGGAAGAGAGCGAAACAUCCGAAGUAGACGAGAAGGCGAGGAGAAAGAAGGAGGCGCUGGAGCGAGCAAUGAAGGAGAUGCAAGCGCGGCAGCAGGCCUUUGCUGCGAUGAUGCAAGAUGACGACGAGGACGAUCUUGACGAGAGCUAUGGAGGUGCCAACGAGUACGAAGGGCGGGCUGUGCAGGACAUGUACGAGAGCGUGUUGCCGACUCAGUGUGUCCUCUGCCACGAGGAAGCAUCUCCAGGAAGGCCCGUCGGUCUUAUCUCGUUUGUGCAGGCGUCCACCGUCCUCUCGACACUGUCAAAGUCGAGCAGGAGAAUAGAGGGGACGCCGAGUGUAGAGGACGAGAGCAUGACUGAGGACACCUCUGCAGCCCCCCCAAACAGAAAAGAUCAUCCUUGGUCUUUCACCCACGUCUCUCAGCGAGGAUGGGAGCAGAGAGGGAGAGAGUGCGGGGUGGCGACUACGUUCUGCGGGCACGCGAUCCACAGGGACUGCUUGAACAGGUAUCAAAGCUCCAUGACCGGCUUGUCACGAGGAAGAGGGUCCUCCUCACCGGCCGAGUUCUCCUGCCCGCUCUGCCGCGCCCUCGGGAACAACCUCGUCCCGCUCGUGCCCAAGGACUUGCUCUGCAAGCAGGGUUCACGUCAGGCUGGACAGGCGAUGGAGGAGGAGCAAGGUCAACAGCAGGAGCAGGAGGCUGACGCGAGGACAGAGGAGGAUGAGGGAGGGCAGAGGAUUGAUGAGCGAGAGGACGCGUCUGACUACCUCAUGCGCUCGGUCGACAAACUCUUCCAACCCCGUGGGCGUCUGGUGGACCACAAGAAAUCGAAGCUUCAGAAAGUCUCCCAGGAGGAGGGAGCUAAGAUCGGGGGCGCGGCCGUGUUGGCAGAGCAGGCCGCGAGCUAUCAGCCGGAGAAGGAGAUGGCAGAAGUGAUGGCAAAGAAGAUUGUGGAGACUCAUCUCUUCGCGCAUGAGGAGGGGAAGGAGGAGUUCGAGGCCCCGACCAGCCCUACGUUGACAGCCAUCUCCUCCUGCAUCUAUAGCAUCUUCAGUAUGGAGUCGGCCUGUCGGCUAGACGGCCCACCUCCCAACUCCAGCUGCGAGGAGCCCGACGGCAGCUGGGGUUCACUCAGUAGCUUCACUGCGACCAAAAUCGCUCCCUUCACAGCUCUCGUGCGAGCUGUCCGCCUGCUGCAGCAGAGCAAGCUCAGCCUCGACGGGGAGAGCAUGAGGCACCUGACCAUGUGGUCGAAGCUACUCCGCGGCAUCGGAGCAGAGGAAGCGGCAGCAGCCAGCCAGCCGGGCAACGGCGAUCUCCACAUCAAGUGCGUCCUAGAGGCCGACGUCUGCUCCCUGCUCGUCCACUGGCUUUUCCUGUCGUCGUCCUCCAAGUCCGACACCGAGCUGUCGGGGGAAUUCGACGGUUUCCUCCGUAUCUUCUGGGUGGCGCAAGUCAUGCAGGCUGUCCUGGCGCUCAGCGACGGAAGCGCUGCCGGCCGGGCUGCAACAGGUGACGAGGAGGAGGAGAAGGACAGGAUCGGAGAAGACAGAGAAAACUUCUCGCAGCUCCUCUUUCUGAUGGACUCCGUGCUGGGUGCUGGUCUGAGCGACGUUUCGACUCGCCUUCCCCUCAACAGGGUGCUGGAAGCAAGCCUUCCCUUCCUGCGCAGGUGUUGCCUGGUCAAGAGCCUGUUCUUCGCCCUCCCCCUCCCCAGCUACGAGCAAACUAGCAAGCAGGAAGAAGCCCUCAUCCUGGUCCACUUCCUCGGACUCACGGGUCAGGGAGGGAUUCCGAGCAUGGAGGGCACGAUGGAGGUACUCGUUAAGCGAUGGUGCGAGGCGUUUGCGGAGCGGCACCAAGGAAGCAGCCGGUUCUCCUUCCUCUCCAAGAUGUACAGGAGGAGGGCGGCCAGACCCUCCUUCAUCGACCUCCCUCGGGACUUCCAGGAGCUCUUCCAGAUCGUCCUCAAGCAGCCGUGCCGGACUUGUGGGAUGAAGCCGACGGAGCCGGCGCUGUGCUUCAUGUGCGGGGCGAUCGUGUGCGCCGGGGGCGACUGCUGCAAGAAGGAGGGGAGGGGCGAGUGCACCCUGCACACAGAGCAGUGCGGAGCAGGAAUCAAUGUUUUCCUCAUCAUCAAGACCUGCACUUUCCUUGUCAUACGGUCCGGGAUAGCCCACGGGGCCGGGGCCAUGCUACCGUCGCCGUACCUGGACGAGCACGGGGAGGAGGACUUCUACCUGCGGAGGGGAGAACCCUUGUUCCUGUCGCAGGAGAGGAUAUUGGGCUUGCUCAAGAUGUGGGUGUCGCAUCAGUUCAACUACGAGCUGACUCGCUCCGGCGCAAGGAACGAGGGCAUUUGGUCCUGGAGCGCGUUAUAG